AUGGAUGUUGAUGCCUCAUCUUCGUCGCAAGUAAGCCAAAGACAGGUGCGCUUGCACCUUACAACUAGAGACGGCGAUAUUGCACUGCCAGAAAGUACUGGGCCAAUUCUCGUGCCAACUGGUCUGCGAAGAUAUGCGCUAUCAACUUUGGUCAAUAAUUUACUUGGCAAUGACAAACCAAUCCCACUCGAAUUUCUUGUGAAUGGCACAUAUCUACGAACCUCUAUCGACGAGUACUUGACGGCAAAUGGCAUAUCUGCUGAAACGACACUGGAAGUAGAAUACGUGCGAGCUCUUAUCCCGCCACUACAUAUCGCAUCUUUCCUGCAUGACGAUUGGGUUAGCUCCGUCGAUGUUUUGUCGUCCACAUCUGUGACUGGUGCACAGAGUGUGGCGGCCGGACAGGAAAGAAUUCUCUCUGGUAGCUAUGACGGCCUUUUGCGGAUGUGGAACAUGUCCUCACAGACUACUGCUGUUUCGCCGGAUGCUUCUGAAGGAGGGCAUACGGCUUCAAUCAAAGCAGCAAAGUUCAUCUCGCCCACACAGCUUGCUUCGGCGGGUCUUGAUCGAACUGUUCGAGUAUGGAAAUAUGCUGAAGAGGAAGACGGAUCGAUGGCUCGUAUUACACCACAGCUCGAAUUGUACGGGCACAAGUCCGGCAUUGAGUCUCUUUCCGUACAUGCUCCUUCGAAUCGAAUGCUCUCUGCGUCAGCAGAUCAUACUGUCGGUUUCUGGUCCACUCGCAAAUCGGAUGCUCCCACUGCUCCCGCAGAGUUAUUGCCUUCUAGCAUUGCAAGAAGCUCUAAACGGAGAAAAUUGAACUCAUCUGUCAGCACCCCGCAACGCGGCCCUCUUGCACUUUUGUCGUCACAUACCGGCCCAGUUUCUGCAGCCAUCUUUGACGCAAAGGAUUCAACUGUCGGAUAUUCCGCAUCCUGGGACCACUCCCUUCGUACCUGGGAUCUUGUCACAUCGGCUCUUGUCGAUACUCGCUCUACUUCCCAUGCACUUCUAUCUCUUGAACAUCUCCCUGAACUCCAUCUUUUGGCAGCUGGUACAUCCGCUCGACACAUCACUCUUAUAGAUCCACGUGCCUCUGCAACUUCUGUCUCAGUAAUGACUCUACGUGGCCAUACCAAUGCUGUUGUGACACUUGCCCGUGACCCGCAUAGCUCUUAUGGACUCAUCAGUGGUAGUCACGACGGCACAUGUCGCAUUUGGGAUGUCAGGUCUACUAAGACGGAUAAGGAGGGUGUCGUAGGAAAGGAUAUUUACUCCAUUCCUCGCAAGAGCCUAGAGGAAUCGGGACGGGAAGGCUCGAAACGAAUAGGUGGAGACGGUAUCAAGGUGUUUGGGGUAUGCUGGGAUCGGUCCGUGGGUAUUGUGAGUGCUGGUGAAGACAAGAGGAUACAGAUAAAUCGUGGAGAGGGCGUAUUACAGACAGACUCUUCGAAAUAG